AUGGAAAGCAGUGAUGCGGAGAGGUACGAAGAACUGUAUGUUCACAAUGUCUACCAAGAAAUCGCAGACCACUUCUCCUCCACAAGAUAUAAGCCUUGGCCAAUUGUCGAACGUUUUUUAAAAGAACAGCCUCCCGGCUCGAUCGGACUCGAUAUUGGCUGCGGCAAUGGCAAAUACCUACCAGUAAACUCCAACGUUUUCAUUGUUGCGUCAGACAGAUCCGAAGCCUUGGCGCGAAUUUCCAGCAGGCAUUAUCCGCACUCUGUGAUUGUCGCUGACAAUCUAAAUUUGCCGCAUCCGGAUGGUUUCUUCGACUUCGCCAUUUCCAUUGCGGUGGUUCAUCACCUAUCAACUCCUGAACGCAGGGUUAGAGCUGUCCAGUCUAUCCUUCAGACACUCAGACCACCUCGCAAUGGGCAAGAAGGUGGCAAAGCGUUAAUAUAUGUCUGGGCGCUAGAACAGAAAACCAGUAGAAGGGGGUGGGAUGCUGGAGAUGACCAGGACGUCAUGGUCCCAUGGGUGCGACAGAAGAAAAGCAUGGAUGCUCAAUCUGAUGAGUCAACCAAGACUUUCCGCCGGUACUAUCAUUUAUAUCAAUCGCAGGAGCUGGAGAGGGACAUUGUCGCAGCCGGUGGCGAUGUGUUGGAUCACGGCUAUGAAAAGGACAACUGGUGGGCAAUCGCAAGCAUAAAGCCGCUGGAUUGA